UCUAUUGAAAACAAAACAAAAAAAAAAAAAGGUUAAUUAGGCCUCUCGGUCUAUCUCGCCUUUCACUCUACUGUGAGACGACUCAGACCAACUCUCGCAUAAGGCCCUCGACGACUACCACAGACAUCUAGAUCCUUUUUGGGGCUGCUUUAUUGCUUAUUCAAUUAAUCCAUUACAUUAUCCCGAAGGAGGACAUUUUUGAAGGUCUCCUGAAUAGGAAAUCUAAAAGGAAAAUGUCAAGCAAGUAGGGCUCUUCAUAUUUCUCCGUCAGCUACAAAUCGCAUAGAACUGUGUAACAUAACGUUCACAUUCUCUUGUUCACCAAAGUAGUUACCUCAAACUUCCUAUAAAUAGUUGGCCUUUAAUCCUCUCUUUUGCACAAAUCAACAAGUAGAAAUGAAGACUCCAUACAAUUCAUCGCUUUCACUUCUUUUACUUUUUCUUUUCUCAACUUCGUGGGUGGCUUCAGGUGAUACACAUGAAGAGUUCUUUCAAUGCCUUUCCCUUCGCCCUCAGAACCCCACUUCUAUAUCCAAAGUCAUUUACACCGCACAAAACUCUUCGUAUUCAUCUAUCUUACAAUUCUCAAUACGAAACUUACGAUUCACAUCGCUCAACACCCCUAAACCUUUAGUUAUUGUCACACCAUUAUAUGAACACCAGAUUCAAGCGGUCAUAUAUUGUUCCAGAAAACAUGGCAUGCAAAUUAGAACACGAAGUGGGGGCCAUGACUAUGAAGGCCUUUCUUAUGUUUCUGAAGUCCCAUUUGUGAUUCUUGAUUUGAUCAACCUCCGGUCAAUCACAGUUAAUGUUGAAAAUGGCACAGCAUGGGUUCAAGCAGGUGCAACUAUAGGUGAACUGUACUAUAGUAUUGCUGAGAAAAGUAGAACCCUUGGAUUUCCUGCUGGAGUGUGCCCGACUAUGGGUGUUGGUGGACACAUUAGUGGGGGAGGGUAUGGAACCUUACUGCGUAAAUAUGGUCUUGCUGCUGAUAAUGUCAUUGAUGCACAUUUGAUCGAUGUUAGUGGAAAAAUUCUUGACAGAAAAUCCAUGGGGGAAGAUCUUUUUUGGGCCAUCAGAGGAGGUGGAGGUGCAAGCUUUGGAGUCAUUCUUUCUUGGAAGAUAAAGUUGGUAGUUGUUCCACCUACAGUUACUGCAUUCACAGUCCCCAGGAUGUUAGAACAGAAUGCAACAAAGCUUAUCCAUCGGUGGCAAUCUGUUGCUCACAAGUUUCAUGAAGAUCUUUUCAUUGGAAUUAUAAUAAGUGUGGAUUCAAAUAAAGAUGGUAAGAAAACUAUACAAGCUUCAUUCAAGUCCCUGUUUCUCGGUCGAGUUGAUAGACUCCUCCCAUUGAUCCAAGAGAGCUUCCCUGAGUUGGGUUUGGUAAGAGAAGAUUGCAUUGAAAUGAGCUGGAUUGAGUCAAUCCUAUACUUUGCUGGUUUCCCAAGUGGAGAAUCACUUAAUGUUUUACUCAAUAGGACUGCUCUAUCUACGAGAUAUUUCAAGGCAAAAUCAGACUAUGUAAAGGAACUUAUUUCUGAAAAUGGGUUGGAAGGGAUAUGGAAAAUGUUUUACGAAGAUGAGGCAAAGGCAGCAGGGAUGAUAUUGAAUCCAUAUGGUGGAAGAAUGAAUGAGAUAUCGGAGUCCGCCUUACCUUUUCCACAUAGAGCUGGGUAUUUAUAUAAAAUCCAACACUUGGUUUAUUGGGACGAAGCUGGAAUGGAGGCAUCUGAAAGGCAUAUAAGUUGGAUCAGAAAGCUUUAUAGCUACAUGGCUCCCUUUGUUUCCAAGUUCCCUAGAGCUGCAUAUAUCAACUAUAGGGAUCUGGACAUAGGAAUAAACGACAAAGGCAAUACAAGUUAUGCACAAUCAAGUAUUUGGGGUGUUAAAUAUUUCCAAAAUAACUUCAAUAGGUUGGUUCAUGUGAAGACUAUGGUUGAUCCUGGUAAUUUCUUCCAAAAUGAACAAAGCAUUCCGCCUCUUUCAGCAUGGUGAGGAAGAAAGAUGACUAGGAUCCUUGGGUGGGAUAUAAUAAAGUUAAAUUAAAUUUGGUGUGUUAACUAAUAAUAAGUGUCCAUGGGACGUCAUAGUGGUGUUAAUACUAUUUGAUUGUAGUUUAUAAUAAAAUUUAUGCUUGCUUAC